AUGGCUUCAGCUAGCAGCAAUACCGACGAUACAUUCGAUGUAGAGACCUUUCUCAGGACGGAAGCUACCAAGUUUCAUCAAGACUUGGAAAUUGACAGGAUACUCAAUUGUGUCAAGCACAAUGCCGUCGAAGUCCUCGAACUCCCACCCCAAGUCUGGAUAUCCGGCAUAAUAGACCCGAAACAAGUAAAACUCCAAUACCGUAAAAAAUCCCUCCUCACACAUCCUGACAAGUCAGCAAACCCCAAAGCUUCCGAAGCAUUCGAAAUCCUCAAAAAAUCAGAAUCAACACUCACAAACGAUAAAGAACAGACGUCUGGCCUGCUUGAGAUGAUUAAGGAUGCUAGGAAUAGUGUGUUUAAGCAGCUUAAGAUUGCCUCGGCUAGUGAGGCACGAGCUACUGCAUCAGAGACGAUCGUCGCUAUCAGGAUGGAGGUUAGGCGGAUGAUUAGGGAUGUGGAGAGUCGAGAGAUUGUCAAGAAUAGGAAUGAGGUCGAGAGGAAGAAGCAGGAGGAGGAUCGGUUAGCAGAGACCAAGAAACGGAAAGCGGAAUUGGAUAAGGCUUGGGAAGAGACUAGAGAGGACCGGGUGGGGUCUUGGAGAGAUUUCAAAAAGGCUGGACCGAAAAAGAAGACGAAAAAGGAGGAUGAUGUCGUGCCUAAGAUGUUUAAGAAAUAG